AUGAAACAAAAAGAAGAAAAUUUAGAGAGAGUAGGGAUUGGAAUUACAAUGUCCAAAAAUUCAGAAAGUAACCAACUAGAUAUAAGAGAAAGGGAAAUUAAAAUUCAAACGGUUAGUGAGUCUUUGACAAAAGUGUCUUUGCUGGCAGUAAAACCAUGCGAAGACCCUCGUAAUUUCUCCGAGUCCAAUUUCAGACGAAUUCAGCUGGUACAGAAAAGACAAUAUGUACCAAUUCACAUACUCACCUGUCAAGUGACUGUGCAACAACUCAUUGACCAUUGCGGCAUGCAUAGUCAUCGCAAUACGGUAGCCGGAGGUUUUGGAAAAUAUAUUCAGCACAUAGAACCAAAACAAUGUCUGAAGGCUCACCAAUUCCGUCAGAUAGAUCUCAAAGGUAUGGGAGGUGGUAUUAUUUCCAUACUUAUUCUGAAUGGAACCACAGAAGUUUCAGCAACUCUUCAAGGUUUUGCCGACGUCAAUGGUCGAUGCGAAGAUCUUAGAUUCGCCGUGGGUUCCAUCCAAUAUGCUAAUGUGGUGGUUACUGCAGCAAUAUCCAUUAAACUCCAAGAUUAUGUUGCGGUCGCCGAUAUCGAACGAAAUCUAGUUACCCUAUGGUCUAAUGGUGUCUGUCCGUACAGUGUUGGUUAUUAUUUUGAUGAUGUUGAAUCCAGUUUUCGCUUUAAAACUGAUCAAACCAGAAGAAGUUUGUGCUCAAAAGGCUUGGCUAACUGGAAUAAAACCGUUUACUUGUAA